GGUCUGUCCUCUUCCAAGAGAGGACCUCACCAAUAAACCCUGCUUGCUCGAUAGUAGAACCUGAUCCAUAAUUCUUUACUGCAUUGGCAAGAAGGCACGGGCUUCUGGGAGUCUCUCCCUUCACAUAAAUGGUCCCGUGAGGGAUCACACCCUUGGUCUCCAGCCGUUUGGAACACACGGACUUCCAGCAAGUCCAUUUGCAUCCGAAUACUCCUUGCAGGAACGGGAAGAGGGGGCACUGUUACAUCUUCCAGACCCUGGAUGCCCACCUCCCGUCCUCCGUCGGCCUCUUCUCCAAUUGUUAGGAGCCAAAGGAGUCACAGGAGGGAAUCCUGCCUUAAGACCGCCUCCCCGCAGCCAUCAGGGUUCCUGGCGUCUCCAGCUGGGUGCAUCACUCCCAAGUCCAACCCUGCAAAGAGUCAACUAAACCCCCAGGACUUCCGGAACAGCAGGACGAUGCUGCAUCCUGCCGUGAGCUGGCGGAGGGCCUCAAACUCCUCUUCCACAAGACUACUCUUGAGUCUGAUAAGUAGCUUCCUGUUUUACCCCUCACCCCCUUUCGCUCAUGCUAAAUCUCUACCUAACACUGCCUAUGAGUCAGCCAAUCACACAGCCCAAUCUUUAAAAUUAAAUUCUUCCAGUUGGCUUUAUCUUUCCACCCGGAGCUGGGGCUAUGUUCAGCCACUGGCACCGGAACAGUGGGGAAAUGUCUCUGCAACCCUGGAUGAAAAGACUGUACAUUCCAGCCCCUGGGGCAUCAUAGCCACUCAAAACCUUGCUAAGCAAUUGCCCAGGACUUUCUCCACUAGCAGUCAACGCUCCCCUAGAGGGCCUCUGUUUGCUCACUUAAUAAACCAUCUGCAGGUCAGCUACCCCUUCUGCAUUGUCAGUAAUGCUCCAGGAGGCACGCCUGUGGGAAGGCUUGCUGACAGCCAAUGCCGACAAAAUUUUCUAAUCCCAAAUCCCCCGCUCACAAACACUACUCGUGGAAUUCUCCUCACCGCAAUACCCUAUAUCUCUGGGGGAAUUCCUAACCCGGGGGACGAAACAAAUUUCAUACACACCCGCUUUCCAAAGCCGGUGGUCCCUAGCCCGCCUUUAGACAAGAACUCACCCAAAACAGCUUACUGCCAAGGCAGGCCAUCCUAUUCAGUGAAUAAUUUCCUCCCACGAGAAAGAAAGGACUGCAUCACUCUGUACCGCAGCUCUCAGGUCGCCGUACAUUUUGGACUGAAGAGGGGCUCUAUCUUCACUGAAUUUAUAAAUAGCACAAGUUUCCACAAUCCCAUAAUAGACCCCCUGGUCGCGGCCUCGCUGGCGGCACAAGGACUGCAAUGGUGGGGCACCAAGUACCCAAGGGCCAAGCAACUAGUCAAGGGCAGAUACGUCUCUGUGGAAACCCAGCCAGUUAAGCUGGCAGAAAUUGCUCUGAUGGCAGAAAUACCUGCUUUGACAGGCGUCUAUUGGGUCUGUGGGUCCCAGGCAUACCGGACCCUCCCUCCACAGUGGAGGGGAAUCUGCUCCCUGGGGUAUGUUCUUCCCAACAUUUUCUUCGCGUGGGGAAACGCCUCCCUCCCAUUCCCGUUAUGAGGACAAGUACAACUUUUCAAAAGGGCCUGUCCCCUUAUUCCUCUAAUGUCACUUAUUGGGAUUCUCUCCGCCUCGGGAACUGCGGUAGGGGGAUCUUCAUUCGGAACCCACCACCACCACCAUCACAGGAAAGAGCUGAGUCAUUAACUAAAACAGGGGAAAUGCUGGCAGCACCCCAAGGGCAACUGGGACUCAUUGGCUGGAGUUGCCCUCCGCAAUCAACGGGCAUUUGACACUCCUCAGCCUCAGUGGGAGGAAUGUGUUUGUACCUCAAGGGAGAGUGUUGCUUCCACAUUAACGAGUCAGGGCAGGUCCAGCAAAACAUCCAAAGCAUCCUUGAGUCUGCAUCUAGGAUCCAAAGUUUGACCUCUUUUGGGGACUCAAAUGCAUGGCUUCUAUCCCUCUUUGCAGCACCAUUACUAAUUAUACUAGUAAUAUUACUAUUUGGACCCACAAUAAUCAACUUAUUAACUGAAUUUAUCUCUCAUAGAAUAGAGACUAUAAAGCUAUAAAUGACUAUCAUGGACAACUGUCAGCCUCUGGGACUGGAGGCUCCAGGCAUCAUCACGGCCGAUGGCAGGCACCUCCCUCCGCCUCCUCUGACUGAUGGGUAGCGAGCAGAUGGACCCAAAGAAGGCUCAACGCCCUUUCACAGCAGGAAGCAGCCAGAGCGGUCGUCGCCCCCAAGCCCCCAAAGAUCUGGGUUCUGAAUGCUCGAGGGGGGGCGGUUAGGUAGGAGAGACAUCAAACCCAGGCAGGGAGGAGGAGGGACACCUGUCCCACCCACUGACUCAGCAGGCCUUGCAAUUCUGUGUCUAUGUUUCACUUUCUGGGAAAGAAAGCCUUUGAAACUGCUUUCAUACCAAGGCCUGAAAGAGCCCAAAGUGCCUAAAGGAAGAAGGCCAUUAACACCUUAGGUAUUCAUGCCCCUGUCCCGGAAAGUAGCACCACCUUUACUUGCCAAUCACUGUAACCUCUUCACCCUCCCCCAUCCCACCAACUGUGUAAGUCCUCGGAACAAAGGAUCUCUCUCUUACUCUCACUUUUCUUCCCCACCUGGGCAAGGCCUGUUUUCUUCCACGAGAGCAUGUCACCAAUA